GCCCAGCAGCUAUUUCUCGGCUGUCGGGCUCGAGGUGGCAGAAGGCGACAGGGAGAGGGGUGUGUGUGUGUGUGUGUGUCCCCACCACCACCGCCGCUCUCCCCCGGGGGGUGUGAAGAGGGGUGCCUGCACCCCACGCCCGCCCCGACCAUGGGGGGCUGGUCCCGCAGCGCCUGGAUUUUGCCCCUUUUCUUGGCUGGGCUCGUCCAGCCGGGGCAGAGCCAGGAGAGGGAGAAGGUGAAAUGCUACGGCUCGGUGCAGGGUACCAUCUACGACUACGGGGCCCUGACCAUCCACGGGGACGAGUACAUCCCCUUUAGGAAUUACGAAGGAAAGAUGGUGCUCUUCGUCAACGUGGCCACGUACUGAGGCCUCACCCUACAGUACCUUGAACUGAAUGCACUACAAAAUGAGCUGGGACCCUAUGGGCUCGUUGUCCUGGGCUUCCCCUCCAACCAAUUUGGGAAGCAGGAACCUGGCCAGAACUCCGAGAUCCUCCCCGCGCUGAAGUAUGUCCGGCCGGGGGGCGGUUUUGUCCCCAACUUCCAGCUCUUCCAGAAAGGGGACGUGAACGGGGCCAAGGAGCAGAAGGUCUACACCUUCCUGAAGAACGCCUGUCCUCCGGUGGCGGAGGAGUUUGGGAACCCCAAGAACCUUUUCUGGGAGCCUCUGCGGAACCACGACAUCAAGUGGAACUUUGAGAAGUUCCUGGUGGGCCCCGACGGCGUGCCUGUCAUGCGCUGGUACCACCGCGCCAACAUCGCCGUUGUGAAGAACGACAUCAUCGCCUACAUGAGGCAGCAGCAGCAGCAGCAGCAGCAGCAGCAGCAGCAAGAACCGGACGAGUAGAGGCUGGGGCUGCCAGCCUGAGGGGUGGCUUCUCCCUCCUCCUGGCAUCCCCCCCUGGUUGCUGCAGGGCUGCUCCCCAUCCUUUCCCCCUUGCCAGAUGCUCCCCAGCAGCAGGAGCCAAACACUGAGCCCACACGCUGCCCCCUCCAUCGCUCCCGUCUCUGGCAUCCCCCGGCCGGGAUACCGGACCAGGCAACCCGGUGGCAGAGACCUCAGCGAUGGGAGAGGAGCGUUUCCCAAUAACCCUGUGUCCCACCUUCACCCCCGGGUGGUGCCCUCUCUUCCUGGCCCCAGCUUGCCCCCCCUGCUCCGCCACCCCAGGCAGCGGGAGGCUGCAGGGACUGGCUGCCUCUGGAGCAGAAGACCACAUCUCCAUGAAGGCUUGGCCCGAAAGCCCCUGGCGUGGGGCGGGCCUGGCCUGAUCCUGACGGGCACGGAGCAGCUCUUCAGUGCAUUCAAGCUGCCCGUGGUCCCAGAGACGUGCUCCUCUCCUGGCCAGGGGCAGCCAGCCCCUCAGCCCUCACCACAGAAAUGCCAAAUAAAGGCUCUGCAAACACACA